GUGAAACCGGGGCCGUUUAUUGUAAGCUUAUUUUCUUUGACUAUGAUGGCGAUCAUACUGUUUCUGUUCUGCUACAUUGGGGAGUCAUUGGAAAAUACAAAUAAUGAAGUGUUCGAGGCACUUUACGACGUACCCUGGUACGAGGAGGGGCCGAAGAUUCGAAAACAUUUGACAAUGAUGAUACGCCAGGCAAGAAAACCUUUCGUCAUCAACUAUCACGGGAUGUCAAAUUUGAAUCUGCACAGUUUUAUGCAGGUAUUGAACACGUCUUAUUCCUAUUUCAUGGUGUUAAAAUCUACAAUGUAAAACUUGAAGCUGAUCCAGUAUUUAAAUGCCAUUGCAGCGUAAAUCACAUCAUACCCAAUUAAG